GAAAUACUCCGGGACACAUUCCCCGGACCGAUAGCUGAAAAAACAACCCGACGGGCUACUUUAAAUUUCACAGAAAACAGCCCCAUCCAGGUCUUAAAAGGUCCGACCAGGCUAAAAGACACAAAUUUUUUUCUCAUCUGGAAUAAAAUCUAGCCUGAAGAGAAGCUUACUAAGGAAAUAACUCGGAAUACUUCAUUUUUUUGUACUUUUUUAUGCAAAAUGAACGUUCAGGAGGCAACAUUGUUUUCAUGUUGGAUGAUUCUGUGUAUGAACAUCUGUCUAAGCCAGAAGGACUGCACAGGUGUGGACUGUCCUGUUCUUCAAAACUGCAUUGAAACGGUUUUAAAGAAGGGUGCCUGCUGCCCCACCUGUACACAGAGGGGCUGCACCUGUGAGGGUUACCAGUACUACGACUGCAUCCAAGCAGGCUUCCAGAAAGGGAAAGUCCCAGAGGGGGAAUCUUACUUUGUGGAUUUCGGAAGCACUGAAUGCUCCUGUCCCCAGGGAGGAGGGAAGAUAAGCUGUCAUUUUAUUCCGUGCCCUGAAAUUCCCCCAAACUGCAUUGAAAUUAUACAACCUGCAGAUGGAUGCACACAGUGCGAGCGAAUUGGUUGUACCCAUGGCAGCAGGAAAUAUGAGGCAGGACACUCCUUUCAGAUAGACCAGUGCCAGGUUUGCCACUGUCCAAAUGACGGUGGAAGUUUAAUGUGUUCACCUAUCCCUGGCUGUGACCUUCACAGUGUUAAUGACAGCCAACAAACAAUUCCUGUAGAACCAUUCUCCAAGCUGGCAAUGGAAAACACUCUACCACUGUAUAAGCAGGACCCACCCAGUUUUGGCACAGAGGAUGAUGACUACACAAUGGCAGAGCCCACGUCUUCCACAAACCAAGAUCUGGCCCAACCACUGGAAUCUACUAUAGUGCCAUUACCUUACCCAGAGUCAAGCUCCACUUCCUUCAGCUCCCAUGAUGACAAGAGAUAUGAGCUGAGAGAAACACAAAAAAGUCCAAAUCCAGUUAGGAGCGGCGAGGAUGAGGUCAAAUAUAACAUCAGUCCAACCGCUACAGGGGCUCAGAGCGAAAAUUCAACAUUUCUAACAACUACUACCACACAAAGAGUGACCACAGAGAACCACAGGCCGCAACAGGAAAUUGUAGAAAGGACCACUGGCCAUAACAGGGGCAGAAACAGAGUGGUGCAGGACACUCUAAAAGAUACAGCAUACACUAUCCAUGCCAACAAGGCGGGCAAGCACUCCGGCCAUCACAAACAUAGUCAAGGCAGUCGCACUGCCAACCAUGGCAGCUCCCUUUCUGUCAGUCAUGAGGGACAAGAAAAAGGCUCAGUGGAACCCAGGCAGACGCUCAGUAAAGAGGAACAGCGCUCGUACCCCACAGUCCAAUUCAGUCCCACCAACAGAGCACCACUCAGGAUGAGACAGGAUGGUGAGCAGCCUCAAAGACAACCCCAGACCCUCGCAAACUACCAAUCUCAGGAUAUGGAGGGAGACACAGAAGUGUCUGCCAAGGAGCUGGUGAAGACCUGCUGUGAGAAAGGGGAGAACUGGGCUUCAGUUAAUGGUCAUUGCAACCACAUGGAGCCACCCACAAAAGAUAGGCACUCCAUCUGCUGGACUGCCCAACAACAGUGCUGCCUCGGUUCCCUGAGAGAAAGCCGGUGUUUGGCUGGAGUUAACGCAGCCAAGGCAGGAAGUAUGUGUGAAGAGGAUACCAGCAAUAAAUGUGGGAUCGAUUCCUACAAGGAGUGCUGUGGCUGCUGUUCACUGGGGCUGCAGUUUCGCAGUGAGGGGCAUCACUGCGAAGCCUACCAGGACCUGGGCUACCACUGCAGUCACGUCUUUCUGAACUGCUGCAAGGGGGAGGAGGAGAUGGCCGGGAAUCAAGACGGCUGGCACACUGUCAGAGAGAGGCCCGCCCUCGAACCCAGUCUGCCACCAAAAAAAGUAUCUGACAGGGCGUACCCUAAAGAGGCCUUCUCCAUUGGCGAAGAGAGGGAUGGGGAGAACGCAGUGGAGGGUCCUGUUGAGGUGGAGGACAUGGAUGAGUGCCUGAUAUAUCAGGGCAACGUCUGUCACCACAGAUGUGUCAACACGCCUGGCUCUUUCCGAUGCGAGUGCUUCCCUGGAUACGUGCUGCAACAGGACGCUGUCACUUGCACACAAGAGACGUUGGACGAGGAGAACAGACUGAGGGAGGAUGACAGAGCAGCGGUGGAGCCCACCUCACCCCUUCCACCACCCUCCCAGCCCACUGUCCCAGUCAACCCCUGUGAAGGAAACAGUCCCUGUGAGCAACAGUGCACCCCAGUGGGGGAAAGGCCACAGUGCUCCUGCUCCCCUGGAUUCUUACUCAGGGCUGAUGGACGCUCCUGUGAAGACAUAAAUGAGUGUAUGUCCGCGCACACCUGCCAGUUGAAUGAACACUGCGUGAAUACUGCGGGGAGUUAUAUCUGUCAGAGACUGAUCCCCUGCCCCCCAGGAUACCAGAUCGACAACGACAUUUGUGAAGAUAUUGAUGAGUGUGUGCAGAGGAGCCAUAACUGUGGGCUUGGCUUUGAGUGUGUGAAUACCGAGGGCUCGUUCAGGUGCAACCCCAAACCUCGCUGUCCUGUGGGAUUUAACCAGGAUGCACAGGGCAACUGUAUAGACAUUGAUGAGUGUGGUGCUUUGGCCCAGCCAUGUAGCCCAGGCUUUAACUGCAUCAACACAGCGGGAUCCUACAUGUGCCAGAGGAAGAUAAUAUGCAGCCGUGGCUAUCGUGCCAGUCCUGAUGGCUCCCGAUGUAUUGAUGUGGAUGAGUGUCAGAGCAGUCUGCAUCGAUGUGGUGAGGGCCAGCUGUGCCACAAUCUGCCCGGUUCCUAUCGUUGCGAAUGUCAGACAGGCUAUCAGUAUGACUCAUUCGGGAGGAUGUGUGUAGAUAUAAACGAGUGUUGGCGCUACCCAAGCCGUUUGUGUGCUCAUACCUGUGAGAACACCCCAGGCUCCUAUGAAUGCUCAUGUACCUCUGGCUUCCGCUUAUCCGGCGAUGGCAAGAACUGUGAAGAUGUGAAUGAGUGUUUGGCCAGCCCAUGCAGCCAGGAGUGCGCCAACAUCUAUGGUUCUUACCAGUGCUACUGCAGACAGGGCUACUACCUCAGGGAGGAUGGGCACACCUGUGAAGACAUCAAUGAGUGUUCCCAGAGCAUUGGCAACCUCUGCACCUAUAAGUGUGUGAACGUUCCUGGCAGUUACCAGUGUGCUUGUCCUGAAUAUGGCUACACCAUGUCUCCAAAUGGACGCUCUUGCAGAGAUAUCGAUGAGUGUGCCACAGGGGCCCAUAACUGCUCUCUAGCGGAUACCUGCUAUAACAUCCAAGGAGGGUACCGCUGCCUUUCCCUCAGCUGUCCACCGAACUACCGCAAAGUGUCUGACACGCGCUGCGAGCGGAUCAGCUGUCCCAACUAUCUGGAGUGUCAAAACUCUCCUCUGAGAAUCACCUACUACUACCUCAGCUUCCAGUCCAACAUUGUCAUCCCUGCUCAGAUCUUCCGCAUCGGACCCUCCCCUGCCUACUCCGGAGACAACGUUAUUGUCAGCAUCACACAGGGUAAUGAGGAAAACUACUUCAGCACCAGGAAGCUGAACGCCUACACAGGUGCUGUGUACUUGCACCGGCAGGUUGAGGGUCCAAGGGAUUUCCUAAUUAAUGUAGAGAUGAAGCUUUGGAGACAGGGGACGUUUACCACUUUCCAGGCCAGGAUCUAUGUCUUCAUAACAGCCAAUUCACUCUAACAGCUGGAGCUGAUCAGUGGCCACUAUGGACCUUAAUAUAGCUCAUGAGGACUUUUCAUAUCACUAUUUAACAAUGUCAUAAGAUAUACCACUGUCUUUCAUGAUUGGUUUGAGUAGUUAAUCUUACUUAUGUCCAGUUGAAAUGAAUAUUGCUGUAAGAGUAGUAGAAUGAAACUGUCUGCUAUGUGUCAGUUUCUGUUUUCACUGCAAUUGCAUGAAAACCUUGUAAUUCCUUUUUUUUUUUUUUUUUUCAUUUUGCACUUGAAUUGCAAAUAAUCAUGUCAUUAAUUUCCUUGGCUGAGAAACCUAAUUCAAAACAAAUUCCUUAUUUUCAAUAAUCCAUUGAAAUUUGAAUGUAACAUAGUACAUAUGGAGAUACAAAGAUAUUUUUGAUACUACGAGAAUGAAAUUUGUUGCCAUUGCAUUGAUUAUCUCAACCAGAUGUAAGUAAAACGUAAAAAUGAUAACAGACAACUUCUAGCUUCUGCUAGUUUUUUUUAUGUAUUUAUCUCAGUUUUCUUCUCAUACCAUUCUGUUAUCAGAUGAUGUGUAAUUUGAACUAUUGUGAAAGCAAGAGAAAUUGUUUUGUAAGAGUUUCCAUUAUAGUGCCUAAACACCUUUGUGUUUUUUUUCUUUUACCCUGCGCUGCUGUUUUUGUUUUGUCUUUGAAGAAUUUUAAAACCUAAUUUAAUAUUACUCUAUAUGGUGUAUUUUUAUAUCCCUGUAAUCAGACACAAUAUAGAUGGAUGUAUCAUAUUUUUUAUGCUAGAUUCAUAAGCUGCAAAGUAUUUUAGUAAAAUAUAUUUUAAAAAAAAAAAUACCACUGUGGUUUUGUGAGUAUUUAUUAAGAGGGAUACUGUUUGUUGACGAGGAGUGUGUGAUGUGUGCUUUUGUUUAAUAAUCAUUCCUCAACAAUUUUCUCUUGACAAACUUGUUUUUUUUGCUAAUGCACUGUAUAUGGCGAACAUUAUUCCUCAGUGAAGUUGUUUAAGUAUAUAAUCCAAAUAUCCAUUCUUGUCAGGACACGUCACACAGUAAAUAUCCAUGCCUAUUUACAUACCUCUUCACACCUUGCUCUUGAACUGAACAUGAGCGUCAUCCAUCAGCACACGCCAGUU